AUAAUAAUUUUCCAGAAUUUUUUUUUUUUUUUUGCUAAGUUUCAUUCCUACUGUUGAGUGUCACUGUGUUGGUUCACUCAUUUAAACUGCUGAAUAAAUAUUAUUCCAUUGUGUGGAUAUACCACUAUUUAUUCAUCCAUUCUCCUGCUGAUGGGCAUUUGAGUUGCUUCCAUUUUUUUGCUGCUGUGAACAGUGCUGUUCUAAACAUUCUUGUACAUGUCUCCUGGUGUACAUGUAGAGAAAUUUCUCUUGGGUAUCUAAGUGGGAAGUGAAAUUACAGGGUCAGAAAGUAUGUUUUUGUUCAACUUUAUGAGACAGUGCUAUACUGUGUUUCAAAGUGAUUAUCCCAAUUUACACUUCCACUAGCAGUUAUGAGAGGCUCUGUCACUUUGUAUCCUCAUCCACAUCUGAACCAAAGACUGUGCUCCUACCCCAUGCUGCACUAUCCUCUCUUUUGUCCAGGGCACCUUUUCUGGAGGCAGCAUGAACCCUGCAUGCUCCCUGGGGCCAGAAGUCAUGACAGGGCUCUGGGAGCAUCACUGGGUAAGGUGCAAUGAGGUUUACAGAGCCUGAGGCUUCUAGAAUGCAAGAGACUUCAAAGACCACUGAGAGAUUAUUCCUCUUCAAUGAAGUCAAGAGCUCCAGUCCCCUGGGGUGCCCUCUGACCUGCUCUUGGCAAUUCUCAGCAGUGGGUUAGACGGGCCUUCCCCCUUUGCUGUAACUCCCUUCUUGUCUGCCCCCAAGCUCGAUACUGAAGGAAGAGAGGUGCAUAGACCCUAAUCUUUGUCCCUUCUCUCUCUCAGCAGGUAUACUGGAUUGGACCCAUGCUCGGUGCUGUCUUUGCAGGCCUCUCCUUCAAAUUUCUGUUCUUCCCUGGUGCUUCCUGGGGAAAGCAGUGGCCUGUAUGACCUGCCACAAUGUAGAGAUGGUAGAGCCUACCAGAGUGCCCUAUUCUUCCUUCUCCACAACCACACAGCCCUCACCAUAGGGCCCAAGUCCCUUAUGAAGCCCAAGCACAAGAAUCCCCUUCCCCAAGCUCUCCUCCCUCAUCUUGUUGUUGUUUUUUUCUCUCUUUGUCCAGCCUACUUUCACAGGCUACCCCAAGACCUUUCCCUCAGGAUCAGGGGUGCUGUCCUUAUGGACUGUGUUAAGGCCUGGGGUGUAGGAUUCCAGUAUCCUGAUCACAGCCAUAUUAGGGGUCAUUAGACCUUCCCAUUGCUUCAGUAGCCUUAACACAGUUUCCUUCCUCUCGCUUCUUCCUGCUAUAAUCUUGUGAGUUACAAAAGAUGAAGUACAAGCUGAUUCUGAGGUUUAACUUUUAACCUCUUUUCCCCUCCCCAGUCCUCCAACACCACCCCCAGCCCAUCCAUGAAAGAUAGCUUCUUCCCUGUGUCUAUUUCUCUGUGGUUUAAGGUCAGGCCCAGGGUUUGGGAAGGGAGGUGCUAGCAUGGAUUCGGGGUUGGGAAACCCUGGGCUCAGAGAAAGCCAAACACAGCAGAACUAUUCUGUCCCAGAGCUGCAGGGUCCACAGAUUCCAGUCCAAGCCAGCCAAUGGGAGAAGGCCGUCUAAUCCCAGGGAACUAAAGAAUUCUCUUCAGUUAUCCAAAUUCCCUACUGGACCCCUCUCCUGAUCCCCACCCCCACCCUUAUCCCUGGCAGACUCAGAGGAGCCUGGAGGCCUCCAUAAUCCAUGAAGUAAACUCAGUUUGACUGACCUUCCAAGCAGAGCUGAGGAAUGUUCUAACAUAGAUAGCAAUCAGAACUAUGAACUGCAAAGAAAAGGACAGACUCUUUCCAUCCCCUUGUCCUUGGUGCCUCUCUCUCAGAGUCUCUCCAGCUCUGAACCCUUUCCAGCCUCCUCUGUGGCUCUGAUUCUCUCCCAGUUGAAGAGGGAGGGGGAAGCUCAGCAGCUUUAUCAGAUGCUUGGGAGUGGGCCAGUCCUCCACAAUUGUGAAGGGGUUAAGAGGCUGGGCCAGCCACCUCAGCCUGCCCCUCCCAGGGAUUAAGAGUCCUCUAUAAAGGGAACUGUUCACGGAGACCAGGCCACACGGCUAUCAGGGCCUCAGGCACCGUGCCCAUCCCCUCUACCAUGUGGGAACUGAGGUCAGCCUCCUUCUGGAGGGCCAUAUUCGCAGAGUUCUUUGCCACCCUCUUCUACGUCUUCUUUGGACUGGGGGCCUCACUGCGUUGGGCCCCUGGCCCCCUGCACAUCCUGCAAGUGGCUAUGGCCUUUGGCCUGGCCCUGGCCACGCUGGUGCAGGCCGUGGGCCACAUCAGUGGAGCCCAUGUCAAUCCUGCAGUCACUUUUGCCUUCCUCGUGGGCUCCCAGAUGUCCCUGCUCCGUGCCUUCUUCUAUAUGGCAGCCCAGCUCCUGGGAGCCGUGGCUGGGGCUGCCGUGCUGUAUAGUGUUACCCCGCCUGCCGUCCGAGGAAACUUAGCACUGAACACGUUGCACCCUGGGGUGAAUGUGGGCCAGGCUACCAUGGUGGAGAUCUUCCUGACACUCCAGUUCGUUCUCUGCAUCUUUGCCACAUACGACGAGAGGCGGAAUGGCCACCUGGGCUCUGUGGCCCUGGCUGUUGGCUUCUCCGUCACCCUGGGGCACCUCUUUGGGAUGUAUUAUACUGGCGCAGGCAUGAACCCCGCCCGCUCCUUUGCUCCCGCUAUUCUCACUCGAAACUUCACCAACCACUGGGUGUUCUGGCUGGGCCCAAUCAUUGGAGGGGCCCUGGGCAGCCUCAUCUACGACUUUCUCCUCUUCCCCCGGUUCAAGAGUGUUUCUGAGAGACUGUCUAUCCUCAAAGGUGCCAGACCCAGUGACCCCAAUGAACAACAAGAGGGCACAGGGGAACCUGUUGAACUGAAGACCCAGGCCCUGUAAAAGCUCCAGCUGGAUAGACGGAGUCGGAAGCUUCUAGGUUUAAAUGCAGGGGCUGAGGCAGCCCCUAGAUGAAGAAAGAGACUGUGGGAAGAGACAUGUACUUCUUUAUUUUUUAAUUUAUGUGUGUGUUUUGUUUUUGUUUUUUUUUUCCCCCCUUUUGCCGUGUGAAAUCUCUCAAGUUGCAUUCAUGAGCUGGUUGGUGCAAACUUCCCUUCUCCUUUUUCCCCAACUCACCUCCCUUCGCCGUUGUGUGCAUGAUUGUGGAUAUGAAUGUGGGUGAGUGUGGCUGUGUAUGAGUUUUGGGGCAUGAAAGCUAGGGAAAGGAAAAGUGAUAUCAUCCUAUGUCUUCUUUCCCCACCCACUGUGGUGAGCACAGGGAAACAAGACCUCAAGUUUCUAGCCUUCACUCUGCUAUUAGUCAAGCGUGUGCUUCUUGGUUUCUAAGGGAGGAGCAAGGCAUUACUCCUCACAGGAGACAGAUGGAAAGAGUGGAGAGGACAAGGCAUUCCAAGGGUUGGGAGAAGGGGCUCAAAAUUUCUGUGGAAAGAGACAGAGAUACUCAUGGAUGUAGAAGUGGAGGGUGGUGGUGGUGGUGGUGAUGGGAGGUGGAGGGGGAUAGGAAAGGGAAGUAUAAACCCCAGACAGGAUGUAAUUGGACCAAAAAGUUUGGGGGAAGUUCACGGGAAAGUAUAGCCUACUUAUCUCAGGGAUGCUUGCCCCGGGGACUAGGGUGGGGAAGUAGCUUUGAGAAAAAAGAACACUGGGAUGCUGGAAUUUGAGCUGUUCUGUAAAGCCUCAUAAACCUGUCUACAUCCA